AUGGAUGAAGCCUUGGCGCCGAACCUGAUGGCUGCAGCGCUGAAUCUCCAGGGCAAAGAGGUCUUCACUUGGGUCGUCAAGGCCACCUUCCCGAGCACGUACGCGACGUUCGGCCCUCGCUGUGAGCCUAGCUGGACCGACUUCAUCUGGAGUCAUCCCGUCGCGCGAUCUCCGACCGUGGUCUGGUGUCAGCGCUGCAUCAACACGUGGUUCCUGGCGCGACGGCACAACGACGCAACCAUGCUGGCCACCAGCCGCGACCUCUAUAAUCGCGGGUUACAAUCUCUGGUCCGUCUCCUGGGGGACCCGACGAUGGUGGCCUCCGACACGGUUCUCACGACGGCUGUGAUGCUGGGUGUAUACGAGAUGUUCGACGGACUGGGCCCGCACUCCUGGCUCAUCCACUCGCGCGGCAUCGCGGCGUUGUUUCGUCUGCGCGGACCCAAGGCCCAUCAGAGGGGAUUCGGGCGCACGCUAUACGUGACGUUCCGAUCGUUCUUCGUUGCCGAGGCGUUUCUGCGUCGAGAGCCGUGCUUUCUAGCAGGGGUGGAAUGGCGGGAGAUGAAUCUGGAGACGGUCGCGAUGGACGAGGCGAAGGGAAAAGGAAGUCGGCUGGGAGCGAUGGUAGAGCGGGCAUUUAACGAGACAGUGUUGUGUCCGGGAUAUUUCCAACGCACGUCAGAGCUCAUGGCGAUCGCGCGACGAGAGCGACGGCGACGGCGGGACAGGGGACGGGACGAAGGAUCGACCCGACACGCGUUGGUCUUGGAGCUGCGUCACAGCGUCGAUCGGCUGCGAGAUCUGCAGCGACAGCUGGGCAGGCUGGACCAGGACCAGGGCUGGGACGGGGAACAGCCCGUGCGACAAGGCAUGGACAGUAUUAUAGGGCCGAUUCCGCAGGAUUUCGUGCACCGCAUCGCGAGUUCUUCCCUACAGGGCAUCGAAACGGGGAUUGCGCUGCUGGAGCAGUUGACAGUGUCGUUGCAGGAUCGGUGGUCGGAUUCCGGUCCUUCGUGGAGCCUGCCGUCCGUCCGUAGCAUCCAGGAGCUGGAACACGACCGUCACAGCCAAGACAAAGACGCACAACCACAAUCAGAAGACUGGAUAGAUCAAUUGGCCAUGUCGAUGGGGACGCUUGCGAUCAGGGCUUAA